AUAAGAAGAAAAGGUUUUCCCUGACCUGAAUCAUCCUCUACGGACCAAUCGUUUCCCCCCACCGUGCAGCUGAAUUUGACCACACUGUGAAAAGGAGUUGUUUGAUGCACAUUGGAAUGCAAACCCAUAUUUUUCAUCUUGAUAGGGUUAAGUGGCAUAGCAUGAUUUUCAUGUUGUAAUUUAAGUUGCUGGAACAAAUGUUUGUUUUGCUUGACUUAUGUAGUAUAUUAAGAAUACCUUCUGGAUAGUGAAUUUGGGCCCAUAUUGGAUAUGAGAAUGCUUGCGGAGACAUGCUUGAGCCAAGGGAAACUGAUAUACCUGCAUUGUUUCUGGUCUUGGUGGUGCUUCCUGUUGUUGCUUACUACUUACUCGGGAAAUGGACUGAGGCUUCAAAGAAACAAGAGCGGGUAAGUUUACUUGCUCAGCUUGCAGCUGAAGAAGCUCUUAGAGCCGAAACAAUGGCCGCUGCCAGUGUUAUUACAUUUGUUCCUUCUUCAAAGAGAGCUGAAACAAUGGCUGCUGCCAGUGCUAUUCCGCUUGUUCCUUCUUCAAAGAGAGCCGAAACAAUGGUUGUUUCCAGUGUUAUUCCGUUAGUUCCUACUUCGAAGCGAGCUGAAAAAAUGGUCGCACCCAGUGUUAUUCCACUUGUUCCUUCUUCAAAGAACAAAUUACAUGUGUGUGCUUGGUGCUUCGGUCCUGCGACAACUCGCUGCUCUAGAUGCAAGGCUGUCAAAUAUUGUUCCGAGAGGUGCCAGAUUAUUCAUUGGAGGCAAGUGCAUAAGGAAGAAUGCCUGCAGUUGGAGAGCGCAAGCUCAAGUGCGUCUCCCAGUGUUGCCUCGUCUGAAGAAUCUGCACUACUCGGUGACAACAUGAAUUUGCAGUUUGGGUAUGGUAAUAGGCAGGCUAUCUUUGAACAAGCACCUUUAGAUCAUAUCAAUCUUUGUCCAAUAACCACUGUUGUAUUUGUUAAUAGGGAUUGUUCUACGGUUAGUACCUCUCAAGUUCGUCCACCAGAUAUGAAAAGUACAGACAGGAGAACUUCUCGUAAAUCCAACAGAGAAAUGUUACAAAAAGAGGAUGUAAUUAUGUUUGAUUCUUGUGAGGAAACCUCAAGGACUAGAGCUAGUAGAUCGGCGUCUAAUAAUAUUUCUUCCGACAAGGCUUUUGUAAGGCAUAAGUCAAGAACUAGUGGCUUUGUUGAAUUGGAAGAGGGUACAAACCCUCAAAAUGCCAAUGGCUCGAACACGCAUAUUCAUGGGCAAAAUGCAAGUACUGUCAUGCUUGAGAGUCAUAAUCGUCAAAGCCAACGUGGCAACAAGUCUGAAUCAAAAAGCAAUUAUGAAUUUUCCGGUCCACCGUAUUAUGCAAAAAGUGGGAGAAGUGUACAUAGAGCUGAGAAAGCCUUUUUCCGGAGUUCGGAGAAUUUAGGCAAUGGGGAAAAUGGUUUUGGUGGUGAAUCAGUAGAAUUAGACUGUUAUGGGAUGACCGCAGCUAAGGAAUGCACAAAAGCUAGAAGUUCAUUGCAUUCCUUAGGACCCAGAAUCUACAAAUCGACUAAAUUAGCCGGGAAAGUGUCUGGAGAACAAUCAUGUGCGGAAAUGGGGAGGAAGGGACAAAUCUCAGAUGAAUUAAAAGUUUCUGGAACAACAGGUGCCAUGCCGGCACCAGGGAUCAGUGAGGCGGCUAGCAUCAGAAUUAUGGAGAUGAUGGGUUUAAAGAAGUCGUCAAAACUUGUCAAGAACAAUUUUUCUGCACUUUGCGGUGAGAGACACAAGAAAAUAAAGAUGCUGUUUCCUUAUGAAGAUUUCGUAAAUUUCUUCCAGUGUAAAGUCUUCGACUUAUCACCGAGGGGCCUUCUAAAUUGUGGGAACAGUUGCUAUGCCAAUGCGGUUCUGCAGUGUUUGACCUGCACGAAGCCUCUCAGUAUCUUUUUGCUGCAUCGAUCACAUUCAAGAGCCUGUUACGGAAAAGAUUGGUGUCUUAUGUGUGAGCUCGAACAACAUGUGAUGUUGUUAAGAGAGAGGGGAGGCCCUUUAUCAUCUACUAGGAUCCUUUUUUACAUUCGAAGUAUUAAUUGCCAGAUGGGUGAUGGAAGUCAGGAAGACGCACACGAGUUCUUGAGACUCCUAGUUGCCUCAAUGCAAUCGAUAUGCUUGGAGAGAUUAGGUGGGGAACACAAGGUUGACCCGAGGUUGCAAGAGACAACGUUUAUACAACAUACUUUUGGAGGGCGCCUUCGAUCAAAGGUUAAGUGUCUAAGAUGUUUUCACGAAUCAGAAAGAUACGAAAACAUUAUGGAUCUCACGUUAGAGAUAUUUGGUUGGGUCGAAUCACUGGAAGAUGCACUAACUCAGUUUACGAGACCUGAAGACUUGGAUGGUGAAAACAUGUACCAGUGUGGAAGGUGUGCCGGUUAUGUUCGAGCUCAGAAGCAGUUGUGCAUACACGAGGCCCCUAAUAUACUGACAAUUGUCUUAAAGCGAUUUCAGGAAGGAGAAUAUGGGAAAAUAAACAAGUGUAUCACUUUCCCCGACAUGCUGGAUAUGGUUCCUUUUAUGACUGGAACAAAUGACAUCCCUCCGCUUUAUAUGCUUUAUGCAGUCGUGGUGCAUUUAGAUACACUGAAUGCAUCUUUUUCUGGACAUUACGUGUCAUACGUAAAAGAUUUGCGAGGCAACUGGUUCAGGAUAGAUGAUACCGAGGUGCAUCCAGUCUCAAUGAACCAGGUGAUGUCCGAGGGGGCAUACAUCUUGUUUUACAUGAGGUCUUGUCCUCGUCCACAAAGAGAAUUAACCGAAAAGAGCGUACGGAAGCAAGGUCCUGCUGGGCAGCAUGUAUCGAAAACGGAGAGGCCUUCACGAGCAGCACAAAGUAAAUCCAGCAGCCACUCUGUUGGCCCCAAGCAUGUCCCAGAUUUCAGGCCUGAAGUUGCCAACCGUUGUUUCAACCGCAACGGUAACGACUUUCUUAGGCAGGGCACAAAUGGUAACAUUGCCGAACCUAUCAACACCGAGUUCUCUGAUGCUACAUCAAGCGAUUGGUCACUUUUCACGAGCUCAGAUGAGGCCUCCUUCACAACGGAGAGUGCUAUAGACUCUUUCAGUACGGUGGACUAUGCCGACGAGAGCAAUGGAGAUCCAUUCUCGAUCUUCAAUAACUUGCCAGCUCCAGAAUCCUCUUACAAUACUGUUUCCUGUAGGUUUUCGACUAGUAGACCCCAUAGUCGGUUUGCAUUAGAGGAGAUGGGUUACGUUUUCGGUCCAUACUCAUCAACGCAACCCGAGAAUAGAUUUCGGGGGAACCUAGAAUACGUCGGUGAUUCUUUGUCCGAAUUUUCUUUAGCUAGCGACUAUGACAUGUUUGUAAAAUACAGGAAAAACCCGAAAAAUAGUCUUGAUAGAACUGCUCACUAUGAACCAUAGUUCAUGGAGAUCCCAGCUGAUUAAUGCUUCUUCCAUUUUUGUUUUCAA